GCACGUACCAUGCAAUCCGCGACAUGCCGGCCGAUACCGUUCUGUUAGAUGUCUCUACACCAUACUCAUACACAAUAUGGAAGCAAUUCAGAAACGAGGUCUGCGCCGAAUGUUGGCGGUAUGAAGGCGGCCGGCGAGGUUUUCUUACGCGACGAGACGAUGAGGGUAUUGGAUCCCGUAGCUCCGAACACGAAUCAGCUAUAGGAGCCGGCCUCUGGUUCUGUGACCAAACAUGUCAGACUGCGUGGAUUGCGCGGGAAGGGCUUGAGACGAUGGAACUAUUGCGGGCGUUGGAAGAAGCACGCCGAAAGAAGGAGAAAGGCAAGGCCAGGGAUAUCGGCGCUGAACGGAAACCAGAAGCAGUGACGAUGACCAAGAAUUUUAUUAAGCGGCAAUGGGAUGCAGUACGACAAAAGGAGCAGUCACACAAAGAAGUGAGGAAAUGGCGAAACCUGCGGCUAGACAACUUCGAGACCGACAUGGCUAGAUAUGUGCUGCUUGCCCUGAUCCACCUAUGCCGCGAGCGACUGGCAGAGAAAUCUAAGAUGGCGACCCUUCAAGCCCAGCAUUGCACCCAAGCGGAACUGUCAAAAGGCGGCGAGCCCGGGCUGGAGCUGGGAGGUGCGACGUGGAGCACUUUCGCGUCUCUACAGCCCAAUGAGCUUCAGCACCUAAGGACGUAUCCCGAGCUUCUGGAGAACCAACUCAGGGUCUACCAGGCUCUGAAGGGACGGUUCACACGCAGCUCUGCGUCGGAUCAGAGGUCUACCGAAACGCUUGACAAAACGGGAAUGGUGAAGGAAGGCAACGGCGGAGGACGGCAGGAGGACGGAGGGGCGCGAAUGAGGAAUGGUGGCACGGACAGGCUGCGCGGAUUGGAAAGUGUUGUCACAGUUGAGAACGUUCGCACGGCGCUGAGCGUUGACCCAGGCAACUCCUUCGGCAUUUGGGAGGUGCCGCUGACCGAUGAGAGCGAGUGCCUUGGGUUCGCUGUGUAUCCGCGACCGUCGUUCUUUAACCAUCGUAAGUGUCUAAAGCGCGGGCGGGCACCGGGCCCGCGUCUCGUCAGGAAGUAAAGUCAGCACUGACCAUAUUUGUUCCCUCCAGAUUGUUCUCCAAACGUUCGGAAAGAACGCAGUGGACGCGCGUU